AUGGCGGCGGCCUCGAGAGGUCUCCUGAACCGAUUCCGGCUCCUUGUGGUGGCGGCGCAGCCGAGGUCUCCGCUUCAGUGCAGGUUCUUCAGCGCCGAGGCCGUCGCACACUCGGAGGAGUUGGACGGGUUGCGGCACGUCGGAGGAGGUGGGCGAUCGGUGAUCGAGGCGAGGCCGAGGACGAUGCUUCCCACUUCGCAGAGGACGGGGGCCAUUGCGGUCAAGUGCGGGAUGACGGCGCUCUGGAACAAGUGGGGUGAGAGAGUCCCCAUCACGGUCCUCUGGUUGGAUGAUAACAUUGUUUCUCAGGUGAAGACUUUGGACAAGGAAGGGAUCACCGCGUUGCAGGUAUACUGCGGCGCUUUCUGAGGGUUUUCCUAGAUUAGUUUCUUCUUCGCCCAUUGCGUGUAAAUCGUCUAUGGUUCUCCUGCUGAGCUCAUCUCUUUUAAGUGUACGCGACUCGUAGAUCUUUUUGUCUUUGGCAUAUUUAUCUCUGUGAUCUCAGUGCUGAUGAGUGGCAACUCCUCGUUUGGAGUUGGAAGCUGGGCUUUCCUUCGUUUGGACGACAAGAACAUGUUAGGAUGAGACAUCAUUUAUUUUUCGUUGUAUAUAUAUUGUGGUAGAUCUUUUAGAACUUCUGGUGGAACGAAAACGAAGCUUCAUGUGUCCAUUUUGCGCGAAUUUUUAGUGGUAUUUUAUCUGAGAUUGCUGUUUGAAAUGCUUUUUGAGCGUUACUUUGGUCGUGGGGCUAGUUAGAUUGGAGCUGGUCAGAAGAAGGCGAAGCAUUUGACAAAACCAGAACUGGGCCACUUCAGAGCACAGGGCGUACCUUUGAAGAGGAAGUUGAAGGAGUUUCCCGUGACGGAGGAUGCACUUCUUCCGAUAGGGACUCCCAUCACAGUUCGGCAUUUCGUUCCAGGGCAAUAUGUCGACGUCAUAGGAAUUACUAGAGGAAAAGGUUUUCAGGUAAAUCAGCAGUCGAAGUUCUGCUUAUUUCUUGUCUAACGUCCAAUAUUUUGGCUUCCCUCUUCUUCGGUGUAUAUUUCUUGUCAUGAAGUGAUAGGCAGACGAGUACCCUCGUGUUUGGCUGUUUAUUUCUUAUUUAUUAACCUUUCCUUCUACCAUAGAAAGUUCUAUUUAUUAACAUGUUAGAUGUUUUAGAGCAUAAACAAGAGUGAAGCAGAAGUAUAUCAAAGUUGGUUGCUUAGGUCUUAUUGGUAGAUUUGCCUCUUGAGAAGUUAGUCCUUUCAUAUAUCAUGCCUUUCAGGAACCUAUCUAUACUCUGUAUGAGUCUGGUUGUAUAAGGUAAUCAGAAAAUUGUCAGGACUCAUUAUUGAUUAAAUUACAUCUUAUCAUUGUUGGAAGUAAGUAGAAAUCAAUCUAAAAUCUUCGUUUCCCACAUACAUGUGCAUGAUGGAAUGAUGAACAGUGAGUCUGUGAGGCUAAAUGUCGAAUUAUUUUAUGCUAUAUUAUUUUAGAAAUUCGAAUUAAUUGUAUUGUUUCUGCGCUUUUACAUUGGAUGUUGGCCGUGCUAUGUUCGGAUCACUGAGUUUGAUGCAACAGGGCGGUAUGAAAAGAUGGGGAUUCUCUGGAAUGCCGGCAUCUCACGGAGCAUCAUUAUCUCAUAGAAGUAUUGGAUCUACAGGACAGAGAGAUGCUCCUGGAAGGGUAUGUGUGUUGUGAUGAUUUAACUUUUUCCUAUUAGUAUCUUCAUUGUUCAAGAGCCUCCCUGAUUUUGGUACUGCGUUCUUCGGUCAUAUCUGCACAUUCAUCUUUUUAUGCUUGGCCUUUUAUUUUUUUAGAAGUUCUUGGUGAUUAUUUCUGUGAUUCUUCCUAUGAGAUCCUUAUCUUUGUCAGGCAGUUGUGUAAAAUAACCCUUUGAUAAGUAGAUACCAUGUCAAUGAAUGUGUGUGUUAUCAUUAAUGUUGCAAAUAACACAUUAUCAUCUCCGAUGAGAUCAAAGGGAAAGGAGAUUAAUAUUUUUUUGGUUAUCUUAUGCUGCUACCUCAAUUUUCCAGUAAAAGUAAACAUGCUCAGAUAUUAGCUAGCUGUACUCUCGGUGCAUUGAGACCACUCGGAUCAUUGAUUAAUGCCCCAUAUUUAUUUCAUUGUGACUGUUUGUCAGAAAGAAACCAAACUCGAUGCUUUUACAUGUCUUUUGCUAGUUUUUGUUCACACACCAUAUGUUAGUCUGGCUGGCCGCUGUCUAUAUGGCAUCGUUUUGUGUAAGUUCACGGAUCUUGUGGGGAAAUCUUCAUCAUUCCAUAGUUUCUUUUCCUCUCUUCUUAAAGAAGUUUGUGUUCUAAGUUAGGUCAGAGGAGACAGUGAAGCGAUGUAGAACAGAUUCGUAGGAAACAGAAGAGGCCCAAAAGAUGCAGUCCAGAAGGCCCUUACGGAUAAAACGAGGAAAAGUCAAUUAGUGUUGUUUAGGUCAGCCUAUAAGGCCCAAAGGAGCUUUUUGUUUUUUUACACUUUAGGCCUAGUAAUUAUUUUCUAUUAUUAGAUCAUAUUGUUUAGCAGAUCUACACCUACUUUUGACAUAUUCAAGGGAAAAUGCAGUGUAGAUCAAGAUGGUUUUUUGUCAACCCAGUAAAAGUAUUUUUCCCUUCUAUCUGCUUUAGAUUCAAUCAACCUCUUUUUGGAUUUAAGGGACCUGUUUUCCUCGAUCCUUGUAGAUUUGAAGACCAGCUUUGUCAACCCUUGUGGAUUCAAGGAUUUCAUGUUUUAUCCUUUUGGAUUCGAGGAUCAACUAAAACGAAUAUAUGGGCUGGAGGAUUGUGGAUCUUGUUCCUUGUAGGUUCAAGGUGCCAUUUCUGUUCAUCUCCAACCUCCACCGCUUUAUAAAGAGAGUAGAAAUUUUGCUGAAAGAAUGUAAACAGAUUGAAACUAAUAGAGAGAUAUUUCCGCUGUAAAGAAGAACUAUGAGAGAUCUUGAACCUUAUUGCUCAUCUUUUGAAAGGAAUUUGAGCAGUACACAAGCAUCGAAUGCAAUAUCAUCAAGGGGGUUUUCUAGUAACUUGAUGACGAUUGGUUCCUUUCUUGAGUCGCUUUUCUCUUCGUAGUUGAGUUAGAUUUCAGAUCGAGAUACUGUGCUACUUGCCUUUGUUAGUCACUGGAAGAAACACUGAUGUCAGAGCUAGUUGAAUUCUAGCUGAAUCAUCCGCGCGAAAAAAAAAACACUAAAUCACCUGAUCUAUCCAUCACCUUGUUGGUCAGAUGGACGAUCUGGCUACUCUUUCUCCUCAAUAAAAUAAAAUCUGCUGAUUUACCACCUCGGGCAGGAGCUUAGAGGUUGACUUUCUGCUCCCUUCUUGUUCAUUCAAGCUAUUAAUAGGCAAUUCUGACUUGUGCCCAUGAUUUAUCUCGGAGGAAUUCACUAAGUAGUAUGAUUAUGUUUAGAGCAAGUUUGGUAAAAAAAUUUGAUACGACCCAAGUCUCAAUGGGUUCUUUCUCUCUCUAGAUGAAUCAAUGGUAUGAACUUUUCCAUUAUCAUCAUCAUCAUCACUUCAGACACCCAUUUAGUUCCCUUUUUAGGAGAUAUCACGAUGUGGUGCGGCUCGCAGGUUUUCAAAGGGAAGAAGAUGCCCGGGCGCAUGGGUGGCAAGCAGUGUACAGUUAAGAAUGUGUGGGUUUACAGAAUCGAUCCAGCGAGGAAUCUGAUGUGGGUCAAAGGCCAGGUGAUCUCUCUCUCUCUCUCUCUCUCUCUCUCUCUCUCUCUCUCUCUCUCUCUCUCUCUCUCGCUUCUAAUUGACCUGAUUUAGCAAACAUCUGAGCUCAUCAAAUGCCCUGCUCUUCCAGGUUCCUGGCGCGGAAGGCAACUUCGUCUUCCUAAAGGACGCCGUCUACAAGAAACCCGACCUCUCUGUGCUUCCAUUUCCGACCCACUUCGUCCCGGAAGGAGAGGAGAUAUCUGAGCUGGAGCCUCUGGUUGCUGACCUCGGGGACGUUGACCCUUUCGUGGCCGCAGAUUGA